AUGACGUACGAGGAGUUGUGCGAGCUCGGGGACGUCGUGGGGAAGGUGACGUGUGGGCUCACCGAUGCGCAAAUCGCGUCGUUGCCGCAAAGGACGAUCGAUGCGAGCGUGGCGGGGACGAAGUGUGCGGUGUGUUGCAUGGAAUUCGACGCCGGUGAGGACGCGUGCGAGUUGCCGAGGUGCGGGCACGUGUAUCACGGUGAGUGCGUCGAGCCGUGGUUGAAGGAGAACAAGUCGUGUCCGACGUGCAAGACGGAGGUGUUCGAAGAGACUUAG